AUGCUCUUCGACUUCCACCGCAUCGAAAACGCAAAGAAACCCCAAAGCGUCCACGCGACCUAUGUCAUCUCCGGCAUCCAAAAACCACCACCACCACCCGGGACAACCGGCCAUGGCGCGAAUGACGAGGACGCAAUCAUGCAGAGCAGCCCUUACAUGCCCAGCUCUAUGCCGAACCAAGACCCCGCGGACGCGGUGCGCGUCACCUCCCUCAUCCUAACUCGCGAGGAGGACCUGGAAGCUGCCAAAUCCACCUUUGAGUCGGUCUCAACAAUACAUGUCUACAGUGUCCAGCCAACGGUGCUGCAGGACCUGAAUGUCUUGACGGAUGUGACUCGGGAGACGUGGAGUGCGCAUGUCCAUGAGGAUCCGUUGGAACUUGGGAAGCAAUGGGGUAUGAUCCAGAACACGCAUGUCCAGCGGCGAACGGGGGCGCGGCCACCACCACCACUAGCUCCGGCUGCGAAAGCGGCCGAAACGUCGGAAUCGACGGUUCCAGCCAAGCGGCCAUUUCAGAAGGAGGCGCCUCCUAAAAAGACGGACGAGCGGGCCUCGAAGCAGUCCACUCCAGCUUCGGACUCUCAGUCAUCUGCGAAACCAGCAACCAAGGCGCCCAAGCGCGAGAAGAGUGAUCUUUUCAGCUCAUUUGCCAAGGCCAAGCCGAAGCCGAAGAAAGCAGAAGAUGAGGAAUUGUUCCCGGACCAGGGAGACAGAAAGACCGAACCGGCCAAUCGUGAAAGCAGGAAAGAGCGCGAGGAGAAGCUCAAACAGAUGAUGGAGAAUGACGACGCUGACGAUGAGGAAAUGCCCGAUGCCGACGAAGAGGAGCCACCCCGCGAGCCGACGCCACCAGUGGAGCAGCCACCCAAGCCUGCCGAGCUGAAGGAGGAAGCCACCGUCCAGGGUGGGCGGCGGCGGGGCAAACGACAAGUCAUAAAGAAGCGGACGGUCAAGGACGAAGAGGGGUAUUUGGUGACCCGAGAGGAGGCUACAUGGGAGUCCUUCUCCGAAGAUGAGCCGGCACCCAAAAAGAAACCCGCGGUCCAGGUGGGCAAGGGCAAGGCUGGGAAGGGCCAGGGCCAGGGGAACAUCAUGUCGUUCUUUGGGAAGAAGUAG